ACGGAAAUUUGUCACGGAUUGUCAAGAUAAUCAAGAUGGCGACGCUGCUGUGUUGUAUUUGUUUGCCCAAAGAAAAUAUUUUCAGUUUCUUUGGUAGAGAUUUUGUUUGUUCCUAUGAUUUUUUGAUUUUUUUUUUGAGUCUUUCGUUUUCAUCUCACUGCCGAAUUAAGAUAUAUAGCUACUGUAAUAAAUUUUGGUCUCAAAUAUCAGAUUCACUUGGUUGAUAUUUAUAUUGCUGAAGAGAAAAGGUAUAUAUCCAUUCAUGACAUUUGUGCUGCUGUCGAGCAAUAAUUCCUAGCAAUCCUCCUAGACCAUAACUUGAAGAGCCUGCCCAGCUUACAGUAGCCUCAAUGAAACAGAUUUUGCUUAGCCAUUUUAAAUAAAAAGAUUGCAACCUCUUUUCACAGAUCUUAGUAGCACUGUUCUGCCCAAUCUUGGAACGUGCACCGUCUUAAGACUGGCUAGGCACAAGCUCACACGCACGAGCUCUGUUUUUUGCAAGUCCCAACAAACAUUCUCAGGCACAUUAAAACAUAUUUUGGGUACUGUUAAAUUGACCCGGUCAGUUUUUGGAUACAGUAGAGUGAAAAUCCUAGCUAGCUAGGUAGCUGGUAGAGCACAUGUUAUACAUUUAGCAUUUAUAUACAGCUUGUAGAGUAGUGGCUAAAUUUUAAAAUAUUCCAUGAAUGGAUUUACUUAAGUUGACAUUGACAUAAGUUGAGUAUAUAUGUAUAGAGAAUGGAUUUAUAAAAGGGUUAGUAAAUUCUCCCUAUGGAUUUAUAUAGGCUUCCAAUUAAUUGAUAUCCUCCAUCAGGACUUUGUUUAUGUUCUUUAUAAAAUAUAUGCGCAUGCGCCGUAGCAGAAAAUAGGUAUUACCUGUUAAUUAACAAUAAUGACUUACUUUGAUUGUCUCACUUGAUUACUCUGUAGUAUCACAAACACAACCAGCGGGAACGCAACGACACAACUUGAUCUGUAACAUAACAACACAACUGGAUAUCAACACAACUGCACAACCACUUGAGGCCCCACCAAGGACAUUCAUCAUUGUUUAUAGUCUAUAUUAUAGAGACAACAUAUUAAUAUCAACAUUACCUUCUGUUUUUAACCCAAACCUUUGACAAACUGAAACCAGGUCUUGGUGUUCCAUCUUCGACAAUAUGGUAGUAUACCACUCUUGAGAUCUUUCAACAACAAAGGUUUCAUCCAUUCUAACUUGUCCAACUGCAACAGAUGUGUUUUUUUUCAAUCAGCAACAUUUAAACUUUUGUCUUCUGACUCAGUAGUAGCCCACACUGGCCACCAAGUUUUAUUUCUAUGAAUUAAGAAUGUCAUUGGUGGCAGCAUAUAGCGACAGUGAAAACGAGAGUGAAGGUGAAGAGAUUGAAGUAACAGUGGCUCCCAGCAUAGUACAAAACAAAGACAAUGAGAAUGGCAAUAUGCUUGAUAUUGAAGAUGAGGAUCAAUGGCAGAGUGUGCAACCCAGUAGCACUAGAACCAAAGAUUCAUCUGCUGCUACGAAAAGUUCUUUGUUUUCAUUGUUACCACAACCAAAAGACAGCCCAGUUAAUAUAAUUGAAGAAAAAGAAGAUGAGUUCAUGUCAAGGAAACCAUUAUCUGAUACAGUAAUAUCAACGCCCGCUUCUAGUAGUAAUUCAAUUCAAAGAAAAAUUUUAAAUCUUCCAAAACCAGUUAAGGGCACCAAGAAGCAACCUGUUAAGAUAUCGAUUCCAACAUUACGAAAGGUUGAUGAUGAUUCAGAUUCAGAUGAGGAGGAAUCUAAGAAAACAAUCAUUACAAACAUGUCGAAAUCAACCUUGUUUUCAAUGUUACCCAAACCUCGACACAGCGUCACAGUUGGACAAAAUAAAAAUCGUGUUUUUCAAAAGGAAACCAAUCGAAUGCUGAUGCCUCACAGUUUAACGAAGAAAAAAGAAGUGAACACAGAUAAAGUAGUUGAUAGUUUUAAUCCAGUAAAAUCAGAUGAACAGAGUGACGAUGAUGAAGAUGACGUGUCAAGUGAUAACUUUUUCUCUCUCGAUGUUCUCUCUGAAACGAUAAAUAAUGAAAAUGGAAGUAAGGAGGUCAGUGUUCCAUCGUCUACUGCAAAGACAGUUACUGUUGAAAAUUCAGGUAACCUGGUAGGUGAAAACUCAACUAAUAGUCAGGUAAUAUCUCCGGAUAAUAAACAAAUAACUUCUCCGGAUAAUAAACAAACAACUUCUACAGAUGAUAAACAAAAGACUUCCAAUUCCACAUCUACUGCAACUAAGAAUAAUGCAUUCUUUGCGAACUUAUUCAAAAAAACAGAAGUCACUUCAACAACGUCUGCAAAGAAUUCACCAGACUUGAAACAAUCUGUUAUAAAUGUUUCCAUAGAAAGUAAUAACAAAAGCAAUGAAAUUAUACAGAGUGAUAUUAAAAAGACAAUUGGUAGUAGCACGAGUAAUAGCGUAACUGCACCCUAUGGUACCGUAACUGAACCUUAUAGCAGUGUUACUGAGCCCUAUGGUAGUGAAACUACAUCUAACAAUAGUGCAACAGAACCUUAUAACAGUGUUACUGAGACCUACAGUAAUGUCACUAAACCUUAUAGUAGUGUACCUACACCAUUUGGUGGUGUAUCUGCACCAUAUGGUGGUGUGACUUCUCCAUAUAGUAGUGUAACAGAGCCAUAUGGUCAAGUUACAGAAAUAUAUAAUAAUGCUGCAGCGCAAUAUGGAAGUGUUAUUGCACCUUAUGGAGAGACUUCGUUAUCAUAUGCGUCUCACAGUAAUUCUUCAGAAUCACAUGGUUAUCCAACAUCUGGAAGUCUGUUUCAAUAUGCAUAUCAAACUAAAGCAGAAGAAGAGGAUGCUUCACAACCGGAAACUUCAUCUGAAAUUGAUUACUACCAUCAACCGAACCAAGAUUUACCUGUGGAGGCUUUGAAGGCGUUGCAAGGAAGUAAAAGACGUCAUGAGGAAGUAAAUAUUAUUGAUGUUCAUGCUGAUCAAAUCCACGGUGGAAGUGAUGAGUACCUACGUAACCUUACCAAAGAAAACGUAUACGCGUCAAAAAAAGCCAAAAGGUGCCCUUCCAAGAUCACAAGAAAAAAGAAAGCAUCAAAUUACUUACUUGGCGUUUCAGGCGAAAGAACGAGAAAUGCAGCUGCGUCAAUCCUGGGCAGAAAGUCGGGCAACGAAACAACAAACACAAUCCCGUUACGGUUUUUAGCUGAUUGGAAUAUUAUAAUAUUCAUGCGUCGUACACCUAUCUUGACUUUUUAAUUAUAUAUGUGUACAUAGAUAAUAAUGUAAAGUUAUUUGUCAUCCAGUAACUGAGGCAAUGAAAAUAAAACCACUAAAUUUUUAUUGCACUGUGGCA